AUGAGCAAUCACAGCAACAACAAUGUUUACGUGGACACGUCCAAGGCUGAGAGAGCGGUGUGGCUCAUGAAGUGCCCUCCCCUCGUUUCUCGCUCACUCCGCGCCACUCCCUCUGACCCCUCUCGCCCCGUCGCCAAGGUCGUCGUUUCCAUCGACCCUCUCAACUCAAACGACGACGAUUCUCCCCCUCAGUUUACUAUGGAGUUGGCUGAAGCUGGACAUAUACCCAGAUGUUAUGUUAUGGACAUGUCUAAAGACUUGAUUCCAAUGUCUGUGUUUUCAGACACACCACAAGGAAAGAUCUCUGUGGAAGGAAAGAUAUUGAACAAAUUUGACAUGAGGCCCCAUAAUCAAAAUCUUGAACUCUAUGGGAAACUCUGUCGUGAAAGGACAAACAAAUAUAUGGUCAAAAACAGACAGAUACAGGUUAUUAACAAUGAUAGUGGCAUUCAUAUGAGGCCAAUGCCAGGGAUGUACAGUUUUUUGACAUCUGCACCCACUGAAAAGAAGAAAGCUCCAGCCAAAGGAACAGAGAUGAAGAGAACAAGAAGAGACCGUGGAGAGAUGGAAGAGAUUGUGUUUAAGCUAUUUGAAAGGCAGGCAAAUUGGAGUUUAAGAAACCUCAUACAAGAAACCGACCAACCUGAACAAUUUCUGAAAGAUAUACUAAAAGACCUUUGUGUCUACAACAACAAAGGAACUAAUCAAGGCACGUAUGAACUAAAGCCUGAAUACAGAAAAUCUGGCGAUUAA